AUGGUGUCUCUACGCGAGUGUUUCCUUUUUCUCGGCUUAUGUAUCAAGUCUGGAGAUUACAAGUGUGAGAAUAACAACAUUCUCCUUCAUCGCUGGACAGAUACACCAGGUGGUAUAUAUACCGAUGAGAAUUACAUAUCUCCCGAUAACUCGUCUAGCUCCUCUGAGCGACAUUCAUCACCCGAACCUUCAACUCAUGCAACCCACAGGUUGCGUGAAGGCCAGACAUCCAGCCGAGUGACGACGCGGUUUCAAUCACAUGCCAGGCAUGCGAGGGAACUGGAAGAUCCGCAUAUGCAAGAACGGGUACGACAGGCUCGUGAAAGAGAACGUACCAGGCAAGAAGCAGUGGGAAUGCGGGAGAUCACAGAGAGGACUCAAGCUCUCGGCCUGGGACGCGAGAGCGGUCGCGGUGCAUCUCCUGUCCGCGCCUACUUUGAUGCUUCGGGUAAACCGUUUGUGAAUGUAGGGGGUCGAUCAGCUUAUGUGACUCUCUUGCAAGACCAGCGGGGUCGGUACUAUUACAAGACCAGCUCUGGGGACCAUCAAUAUGUUGUGACGAAGUAA